AUGACAACCGCUUCCCCACUCUGGGCACUACUGGCGAUUCCAGUCCUUCUCCGCCUUCUCAAGUCGAAACCACCACCUUCUAGAGAGACUGUUGUUCUCCCCCAUGAGGAGAGGGUAGUUCUACUAGGUGCGAGUUCAGGUGUAGGAAGAGAUCUGGCUCAUGCUUAUGCCAAGAGGGGUGCUAGGAUAUGCCUCGUGGCUAGACGAUCAGAUGCUCUUGCGAAAGUCAAAUUAGAAUGUGUUUCACUCGGUGCCAAGGAAGAUAAUCUCCUGGUAGUUCCUGCGGAUAUUACCAGUACGGAUGAUCUUGUAAAAGUGAGAGAAGUAGUUGAGAAGGCUUGGUCAGGUCUUGACACUCUCCAUAUCUUAGCUGGCUUACCCUCAACAUCAAUGUUGAUGGAUUUAGCGGGUGUAUCGCUAAACAAGCAAGAUGCAAACAAACCUCCAUCAGGUGCUCCUCUGUCUUUCUCGAACUCCGCCGGCGGGGAAGGUACUGCUGGACCAAGUAAAGCUGGAUUGGAUAAAAUUGCGUUCGAAGCUAGAGCAGUGAGCGAGGUAAAUUACGUGGGGACUAUUUUGGCUUUGACUUGCUUUUUACCCCUCCUCGCAUCGACAUCCAAAUCACCAGCACUCCACCAUCUCUCCUCCGUAGCUGCGACCGUUCCAGCGCCCCACCGAGUGAUAUACGCAGCUACGAAAUCAGCUGGUUUGAUGGCUGUUGAAAGCUGUAGAGUUGAAUGUGAAGGUUGUGGAGUGAGGUUCUUCUCAUUCUGUCCAGGAACGAUAGAUAACGAAUUCAGAUUGAAGACCUCUACUUCACAGAGUGGUGGAAGGGACGAAACGAAACUACCUAUCAAGCACAAAUGGGAGAAGUUGUUGUUAACACCUCAAAAAGUCAUCGAUAUAAUACUCUACAACCUCUCGUUAUCGCCCGAACCCCAAGCUCUCAUCCCAUACCCUCCAUUCUCAUGGAUAAAAUCGCUCUCGGUACCUCCGAAACAUCUCGUUCAUGCUCCAUGGCAGUACCGUCUGGCAAUGAUGGUGAGGGAUACACCGAUAGGUUGGGCUUAUAUCGAACCUGGAGCAAGGAGGAAAUACGGGUUGAUUGGGAGACCCUAG